GCAACAAGCUCAAUAUGCUCUGGACUGCACCAGAUACCAACCUCAAAAGCCUAUAUCUUCCUACAGAUGUACUCAAAGAUAUGGUCAGAGAAGUCCAUCAGAAGAAGAAGAGCAAAUGCAUGUCAACGUUUGGUGGAAAGAAAGAGAAAAGAGAGAACCGAAUCAAAGCUUCAUCCAGCUGCAGGCGUGUCAGGCUUCGAAUGACGAGAGAGAGGGAAAGUAAGCAGUAGGCUGUAGAGUGUAAUAAUAAACAUAGCCUGUGUAAAAAAUAAAUAACCCUUAAGACUUUGCUCAGUCAUUCUGGUUGGCCAUUCAAAAUGCCAGAAAAAGCCAAUUUUGCAUAACCGUUACCUCCCACGAGUCAGACUUCUUUCUUUAAUUCAGUCUUUGCGACUCUAAUUACGGUCUUAUCUCCAGAAUCAUCGUUAUUGUUCUUCCUUUUUCUCUUCUUGAUUUUCCGGCGACGGUGAGAAAAUGUCGCCGGCUGCCAAGAAAUUAGCUCAAGAUGGAGGGGAAAACAAGCAUUAUCCUGCGCCUCUUACUUCUCACGAAGAAGUUGUUAAGGACCCUACAACUUUCUGGGACACUCUCAGGCGUUUUCAUUCUAUAAUGGGUACUAAGUUUAUGAUUCCUGUGAUUGGAGGACAGGAGCUCGAUUUGCAUGUUCUGUAUGUAGAGGCUACAAGAAGGGGUGGCUAUGAGAAGGUGGUCGCGGAUAAGAAAUGGAGGGAAGUGGGUUCAGUGUUUAAGUUCUCUCCAACAACAACGAGUGCUUCUUUCGUAUUGAGAAAACACUACUUUGGCCUUCUUUACCAUUAUGAACAAGUUCACUUCUUUAAGGUCCAAGGUCCAGUCUGCUCUCCGACAGUGACAGUUACAUUUCCUGUAAGCAACUCUUUAUGCAGACAUGAAUUGGCUAUUGUGGAAUAUUCCCCCAAACCGAUAAGGAAUUGUCCUGAUCCGCGUACUGAAGGAUCUUCAUCUUUCUCAGCUAUUGGAACUAUUGAUGGGAAAUUUGAUUGCGGAUAUCUGGUUUCUGUGCAAGUGGGUUCAGAGGUCCUCAGUGGUGUACUUUACCAUCCGGAUCAUCCAGACUCAUCUUUUUCUAUUACUCCAUAUAGUCAUGCCCUUGUUCCAUAUACUGGCAGCAGUAAACCUCGCCACUGUCGGAGGAGGAGAAGCAGAAGAGCAGGGGACCCCAGCUACCCAAAACCCAAUAGAAGUGGUUACAACUUCUUCUUUGCUGAAAAGCACUAUAAGCUCAAAUCUCUCUACCCGAACAGAGAACGGGAGUUUACGAAAAUUAUCGGUCAGUCAUGGAGCAGUCUCAGUGCAGAAGAAAGAAUGGUUUACCAGGACAUUGGGCUGAAAGACAAGGAAAGAUACAAGAGAGAGUUGAAAGAGUACAAAGAGAGACUAAAGCUUAGGGAGACCAUGGAAGUUGGGAGAGCUGAUUAUUAGAGCGCCAGAAGUUGGCCAGAUGAUGUAGUGGAGGUCUUAGCUCCAGAAGUUGGCCAGAGGUUGUAGGGCCAUUUUCCAAUCUAUAUAUGUAGAUAUAAAUUACCCUUAGAAAAUUUUCAAUAUACAGACAUUCCUAUUUAAUAUGAAGUGCUUAGUUCUUUACUCGUAAUUUAA